AUGGCGCUGUCACAGAUCACGCCCACGCUGUUCCUCAGUGGGGCCGAAGCGCCCAUGAACGCCACUCUGGUGUCUCAGAAAGGCAUCACCCUCAUCGUCAACGCCACCCUGAACCACGCCUGCCCCACCUACCCCGGGGUGGAGUGCCUGCGCAUCCCGGUGUCCGACCUGCCCAGCGCCCGCCUCGGCGACCACUUCGACCGCGUGGCUGAGCGCAUCCACGGCAACCGGGGCGGGGGCACGCUGGUGCACUGCGCCGCCGGGAUGAGUCGCUCGCCGGCGCUGGUGAUGGCGUACCUGAUGCGCUACCGAGGAGUGACGCUGUGCCAGGCGCACCGCUGGGUGCAGGAGAGCCGGCCCUACGUCCGGCUCAACGCCGGCUUCUGGGAGCAGCUGCUGCAGUACGAGAGGAGGCUGUACGGGAAAAACACCGUGAAGGUGGCGAGGGAGCCGUCGCCGCCGCCCCGGCCCCCGCCCAGGACGUCCCGGCUGACCUGGGCGAGGACUCCUCAGCAGCAGAGGCUCAGCCAGGUACCCAGGUCACCUGUGCUGACCCGCACGCCUCUGAUGGCUCGCUCGCCUCUGAUGUCUCCAAAAACCAAAAUCCGGCUGGGAUCCAAACCCAGCAUCAAACUCUGA